AUGGCGUCCGGCGGAGGGAACAUCAAGGUCGUUGUGCGAUGCAGGCCCUUCAACAGCAGAGAGAAGGACCGCAACGCACAAUGUAUCGUGCAGAUGUCUGGCAACCAGACCGUCCUGUCGCCCCCGAAGGGAAUGGACGCGAAAGCCAAGGGCAACAAGGCCGCCUCCGAGGGUCCCAAGAACUUCAGCUUCGACAAGAGUUACUGGUCCUUCGACAAGUCUGCUCCUAACUACGCUGGUCAGGACAAUCUGUUCGACGACCUCGGCCGCCCGCUGCUUGACAAUGCAUUCCAGGGAUUCAACAACUGUAUUUUCGCCUACGGUCAGACAGGUUCGGGAAAAUCGUACUCCAUGAUGGGCUAUGGCGAGGAAUAUGGUGUUAUCCCGCGCAUUUGCAAGGGCAUGUUCGAGCGUAUCGAGGAAAUGCAGAAGGACCCGUCGCUUAGCUGCACCGUCGAAGUCUCGUACCUGGAGAUCUACAACGAGCGCGUUCGCGACCUGCUGAACCCGGCCAAUAAGGGCAACCUGAAGGUCCGCGAGCAUCCGUCUACCGGUCCCUAUGUCGAAGAUCUGGCCAAGCUUGUCGUUCGCUCCUUUGUGGAAAUCGAGAACUUGAUGGACGAGGGUAACAAGGCCAGAACUGUUGCCGCUACCAACAUGAACGAGACCUCUUCUCGAUCGCACGCCGUCUUUACCUUGACUCUGACCCAGAAGCGCCAUGACAAUGAGACAAACAUGGAUACGGAAAAGGUGGCGAAGAUCAGUCUGGUCGAUUUGGCUGGUUCGGAACGUGCUACGUCUACGGGAGCAACAGGCGCGCGUCUGAAGGAAGGUGCUGAGAUUAACAGAUCUCUGUCGACCCUGGGACGUGUCAUUGCGGCUUUGGCAGACUUAUCGUCCGGAAAAGCCAAGAAGAAGGCUGCUUCAAUGGUUCCUUAUCGAGACUCGGUUCUCACUUGGCUUUUGAAAGACUCACUUGGUGGAAACAGUAUGACGGCCAUGAUUGCUGCAAUUUCCCCAGCAGAUAUCAACUUCGACGAAACUCUAUCGACCCUACGAUACGCCGACUCCGCCAAGCGCAUCAAGAACCACGCCGUUGUCAACGAGGAUCCGAAUGCCCGUAUGAUCCGCGAACUCAAAGAGGAAUUGGCCCAACUCCGCUCAAAGCUUGGCGGUGGAGGAGGUGGAGGAGGCGGUGGCGGAGCAGGCGUACCCCCGGAGGAGCAGUAUGCACCGGACACUCCGCUGGAGAAACAAAUCGUUUCCAUCACCUCUUCGGACGGAUCUGUCAAGAAGGUUUCGAAGGCCGAGAUUGCCGAACAGCUCAGUCAAUCUGAAAAACUGUUCAAGGACCUCAAUCAAACAUGGGAAGAAAAGAUGCUGAAGACAGAGGAGAUCCACAAAGAGCGAGAGGCUAAGCUCGAAGAACUGGGUAUUAGCAUCGAAAAGGGCUUCGUUGGUCUCCACACCCCUAAGAAGAUGCCCCAUCUGGUCAACUUGAGCGAUGACCCACUGCUGGCCGAGUGCCUGGUCUACAAUUUGAAACCUGGUACAACCUUGGUUGGCAACGUCGACACCCAGAACGGCGCUGAAGUCCGCCUUAACGGAACGAAAAUCCUCCCUGAGCACUGUACGUUUGAGAACGUGGAUAACGUGGUAACGGUGGUUCCCAAGCCCAACGCAGGAGUUAUGGUCAACGGCUUGCGCAUUGAAGAGCCGAAGCGACUCCGCAGCGGUUACCGUAUUAUCCUAGGUGAUUUCCACAUAUUCCGCUUCAACCAUCCUGAGGAAGCCCGCGCCGAGAGAGAAGUGCAAGGCAGUCUUCUCCGUCACUCGAUGACAGCAAGCCAAGUUCCUUCACCAGCUGGAACAUCUUCGCGGCCAGCUCACUCCCGAACCUGGAGUACUACCAGCCAGGGUCAGUCCGAAGAUCCAAGCCCACGAGGCGGCUCGCCGGUUCCCUAUAAGAGCAGUCGGGAUACCGAUUGGUCUUUCGCCCGGCGUGAAGCAGUGACAGCCAUCCUUGGACCUGACCAGAAGAUUUCCAACUUGACCGAUGACGAGCUGGAUGUCCUGUUCGAUGAUCUCCAACGCGUGCGCGCGGUGAGAAAAGCGAAGCCAGAGAGCAAGUUCUUCGAGAGAGAGGAAGAUGCAGAGUCCGACGGGUCGUUUCCGAUCAGGGAAAAGUACGCUUCAACUAGCACGGUGGAUAACUUCUCCUUAGAUACUGCAUUGACAAUUCCUGGGACCCCGCAGUUUGGAGAGGAGGACGAACGGCUCAGGGCUGCUCGUGAAGAUAUGCAGAACCAGCUCGACAAGCGUAAAGGCGAGUACGAGGACCAGCUCAAGGACGCCGAAGGGUCCUCUCUCGAGAUUGAAGACAUCCGUGUUCAGAAGGUCAAAAUGGAAGAACGGCUCCGCGCAGUCAAGGAGGAAAUGCAGCAAGAACUUCAACGACAAAAGGAAAGUUUUGAAAGGCAGCUGCAGGAGUACUCCUCUACACCGACGUCAGAAGGGAAGAGUGCAUUCAUCUUCCUCUCAAAGGAGGAGGCUGAGCGAGCCAAGAACGUGUUCGCGCACUGGAGACAGCGCAGAUACGUGGCCAUGGCGGAAACGCUACUUCAGAACGCUGCACUGCUGAAGGAAGCCCAGGUCAUGAGCCAACAAAUGGACAAGCAUGUCGUGUUCCAGUUCUGUGUUGUCGACGUGGGCCACACGUUUGCGUCUUCCUACGACCUAGUGCUUAAUGGCGUUCCCGGCGAGGAUGACGAAGACCUUGAGGCAACCCCCAAGCCAUGCAUUGGUAUCAGGGUUGUUGACUUCAAAGACCACGUCAUCCACCUUUGGUCCUUGCAGAAGCUCCGAAGGCGCGUCAGGGCAAUGCGCCAGAUGCACCAAUACCUGAACAAGCCGGAAUACAUGCAACACUUCCGCCUCGAAAACCCCUUUACCGAGCCGUGUUCACCGGAAUACUCUCGAAUUGGAGAUGCAGACGUGCCUCUGGCUGCGGUCUUCGAAUCCCGCGUCCAGGACUUUUCGAUCGACGUUACAUCGACCUAUACGGAGGGCGUGGUCGGCAUAUUGCGGCUCUCUCUGGAGCCUUCUUUCGCUGAAGCUUCGUCAUCAACUCUGAAGUUUAACGUCGUCAUGCACCGAAUGAUUGGCUUCCCUGAGCGCGAAGGAACCGACGUCCAUGCCCAACUGUUUUUCCCCGGCAUUUCCGACGAAGGAGGCGCCACCACUACUCAGAUGAUCAAGGGCUUCAACGAAGGGCCAAUCAAGUUUGAAAGCGUGCACAGCAUGGGUUUGCCGCUCAACAGCCCGCGCACGGCGUCUCUUCGAAUUUCUAUUUUCGCCAAGGUCACUGUGACACAUUUAGACAAGCUCCUGAGCUGGGAUGAUAUGCGUGACUCAGCACCAAGACCGAAGGUAAAACGUAUGAACUCGCGGCUGCCAGAGUCCGAGUUCUAUGCUGAAGAGCGUCAUGACAUCUUCGCGAGAGUGCAAAUCCAGGAAAUGGCGGAGGACGGCAAUUACAAACCUGUCGACGUUAUCCAGACUGGUACUCUCGACCAAGGUGCUUUUCAACUGCACCAGGGUAUUCAGCGCCGGUUCGUUGUUGAUCUGACCCACAGCUCUGGGCAAAUGCUCCAGUGGCAAGACAUUUCGUCGAUCCGUGUGGGCCAUGUCAAAUUGCUCGAUGCAAGUGGCCGCACCGCUGGAACGGAUUCCCCACAGCCUCAGGUACCGAUGAAACUCCUAGCCCGACCAACCGUCAAGGACAAUGCCGAUGGUACAAGCAACGUGACUUUCAUUGCCCUUUGGGAUUCCAGCAUGCACGGAUCUCUUAUGCUUGACCGCACCACCGCCGAUCGCUACAGAGUCCAAGUGUCUCUCAUCUGGGAUGUCGCGUGUGCCAAGUUGGCGAAGCCAAUGACCUUCUCCUUGGACGUUUCCGUGCAAAUUCGCUCUCGUGCCUACAUUCGCCCCACGUCAAUGUUCAGCAACAUGUUUCGCGGCCAACGCAUCAUACACUCGACCACGGGCAUGUUCUCUGUCGCCAUCAGACCGGUCUCUGCAAAGAGAGCUGUGGACCUGUGGAGGAUGAGCACUCAGCACGAUUACGUCAAGGGCGAGGAACUGCUCACAGGCUGGACCCCGCGCGGCGUCUCCCUCGUCAAAGACUUCCUUGCUACGCGGAAGCGACGCAGAAGAGUUGCGGAGAUUGAGACAGCCCGGAGCAUUCUCAGCCAAAGGGCGCUCACCGCUAACAGUGAUGCUUACCUUGAUAAUGAUGGCGAGCUCAGCGACCGGCAGAGAGAACUUCUGAACAAGGUUCUUGCGCUUUGGCAGACAAAGAAGGACAUUGGGGAGCUCAUUCUCACGAAGGAAAACCUCGAGCCGCCGGAGCGCGGUGCAGCUUUUGCGACGCCGCCUAAUGGCGAGACGAAGCCGACACUGGUCUCAGAAGUGCGCUAUGUGGCGAAGAACCCAACAAUGCUAAAGAGUGGCUAUCUCAUGACGCCCGAUGAUACCAACACGCGGUGGGUGCGGCGGUUCGUGGAAUUGCGGCGGCCAUAUCUGCACAUCUUCACGGUGCCUGAGGGCGACGAACUGAAUGCCAUCAACCUGUCCAACUCGCGCAUAGAUCACCAACCGCCGGUGGCUGGGUUGUUGCAGCGGCAUAACAUGAACGUCUUCGCCGUCUUCGCGCCGCAGAACACCUUCCUCUUCGCAGCCAAGAGUGAACGCGAAAAGAUCGAAUGGAUACUCAAAAUCGAUCAGAGCUACUUCAGCAGCGGAAGCGGCACGCCGGCGGAGGACGACGACAGCGCUUGA